UCAGGGUGAUUGGGACACUUUUUGCCAUUGAGAUGAACUGGAAAAAGUGUCCCAAUCAACCUGAAUUCACCUUAAACUCCAUGUAGAGUUCAGACAGUGACUGAACGAUGGUGUAAAUACUGGAUGAGUGUAAACAAGACAUCAGCUGAUGGAUCAUAUACUGAACCAACCCCAAGAACAUCAGGCCCGGCAUCCGCUGAGGAAUAUUGCUGUUGUCCUGUCUCGGAAAUCCAGUGUAACUGGAGACUCGGACACUGAUGGCGGCGCACACUAUUGAGUUAAACAGAGCCGCUGGACUGGAGGCUUCUCACAGUCUGGGUCUGUCGCCCGCCCCUCUGAACAUGAACCAUUAUGCCAAUAAGAAGAGCGUGGCGGAGAGCAUGCUGGAUGUGGCCCUGCUCAUGGCUAACGCGUCUCAGCUGAAGGCCGUGCUGGAGCAGGGGCCCGAAUUCACCCUGUACACGUCCCUCAUCACACUCAUCAGCCUGUCGCUCUGUCUGCAAGUGUUAGUGGGGAUCUUGCUCAUCUUCAUAGUGAAGUGGAACCUGAACGAUGAGCAGAAACAUCUCCGGCUGAAUGUCUUAGAGAACAUCACAACAGGCUGUAUCUUCAUCAUCGUCGUCAUUAACGUCUUCAUCACUGCGUUUGGAGUUCAGCGGCCCAAUCCAGGCCUGCGACAGUAGCUCAAACACUGCCGUAGCCUGAGACUGAAACAAGGCUGUCCUGUUGUGCUACACUUCUCUGGAUGGAUGGAUGAAAACAGGGAGCUGUGAAGGCAUUUUAUACAGUCUUUUAUACAGCAGAUGAUCUGCAUGCAGAGCUCAAUAUCUAUUUCAUUUUCAUUGCGCUCAUCUCUAUCAAUGUCACUUUCAGUUAUUGUGUCCAAUCAUCUCUUAAGGGCCGUUCACACAGAGCACACUAGUUGAACUUUGUUUAAUUUGUGCGCUGCGCUUGUUUAGAUCUGUGUCACGUGCGAGACACUGCAAAAGAUGAAAGACGCGAAUGCAGCAGUCAAAGACGUUCAUCUAUCACACGUUUACAAAGACAAUAAAAAUAGAAAAGCAGCGCGGCGUAAUGUGUGAACAGCCCUUUAUUCUGCUCUCCUCUCAGCUUACAGCCACUAAGCAAGAAAGUUAAGAAAGUUUUACCCCGUCACAUGACCAGAUGAAUACUACUUUGUUUUGAUUGCAGAAUAAAUAAAUCAUGGGUGACAAAUACUGUAUGCAUCAGUAACUGUAACUCGAUGCUGUAUUCAUGCUGAUAGAUUUUCUCAGUAUUAAAGGGGCCAUAUUAUGUUCUUUCAAAGUCUUGAUGUUGUUUUUGUGCUCAACUAGAACAGGUUU